CCCGGGGACAACAGAAAACUCCGGCUUAUUCUCCUGGCUUAUCAGUUCUCCCGACGGGAUCUUUGGCUUAUUUUUCUGACAACUUCCAAGGAACAGGACACUUUAGGCCUGCCAUAGCUAAACGGACACACACUCUUACGCCGAACAAAUUUCUCACCAUGGUUCGCAAUGCAGGAAAGUUUGGAAAGCCGAAACGAGGAGGAAAGAAACAAUUUACACAAAACCUAGCUGAGAGUGAUCGAGCAGGGAUGUGGGAUGGUGAAGCGAAGGGCUCGGAAUCAGAGGAGUCGUCGGAAGAGUCAGAAGAUUCGGAAGAGGAGGAGUCAGGCGCGGAAGAACUGAACUCCAAGCUCGCCUCGACCUCGCUCGGCUCAUCAUCCAAGCCGCAGGAGGAUUCGUCAAUCACUCAGACUCGGGCCGAACGGAAAGCGGCUAAGAAACAGGCGGCCGGCAAGUCGACGAAGACUGGAAAUGAUGGCGAAGACUCCGAUGACGAUGAUCAAGAUUUGGGACUGGGAAACUCGAACCGAGUGGUUAAGAAAUCCGUCAAAAUCAACGAAAUCUCUAACUUGGAUACCGGCACCUUAAAUCGAAAGGAAAGGGAGGCAGCUGAGAAAAAGGCAGCUCAGGAACGAUAUUGGAAACUGCAUCAAGCUGGAAAGACUGACGAAGCCAAAGUCGACCUGGCACGCCUGGCGAAAAUCCGGCAAGAACGUGAGCAGGCAGCUGCGUUUAGGAAGGCAGAAGCUGAGGCCAAAGCUAAAGAGGCAGCCGAUAGAGCAGCUCUCUCAGGUCGCAAGAAAAAAUAGGCCGUAAACUUGGAGAAGGGAUCGAUAUAGGAAAGUUGAAAUACACGAUACAGUUGUAAUCACGGAAAGAGAAAAAAAAAUUCACACAAGUGUAGCGAGGGCAUUUCAUGCCCGAAUUUAACUUGCAAUUUAUAUCAUUUUUUUUUUUUUUGAAUCAACGUAAUGAUGAUCCCAAAAAAGUUUCAUUUCGUAAAAAUACCUAUCAAACAAAUAUGACAGAAGUGAGAUGAUUGAAUGAUGUAUAUCACCUUUGAAUAGA